CCAGGGUUGCGAGGCACCCACCAGCAUCACUCCCCGGGCGAGGUGGCAAAUGCAACAUGCUCUCCAGCUUGGGGUGUCUACUUCUCUGUGGAAGUAUUGCACUUGCCCUGGGAAAUGCACAGAAAUUGCCAAAAGGCAAAAAGCCAAGCCUUAAAGUCCACAUCAAUACCACCAGUGACUCCAUCCUCUUGAAGUUCCUACGUCCAAAUCCAAAUGUAAAGCUUGAAGGAUUUCUGCUGGGAUAUGGCAGCAACGUAUCUCCAAACCAGUACUUCCCUCUUCCCACUGAAGGGAAAUACACAGAAGCUGUAGUUGAUGCAGAGCCCAAGUAUCUGAUAGUUGUACGACCUGCUCCCCCUCCAAGCCAAAAGAAGUCAUGCUCAGGUAAAAGUCGCUCUCGCAAACCUCUGCAGCUGGUGGUUGGCACUCUGACACCAAGCUCAGUCUUCCUGUCCUGGGGUUUCCUCAUUAAUCCACACCAUGACUGGACAUUGCCAAGUCACUGUCCCAAUGACAGAUUUUACACAAUUCGCUAUAGAGAAAAGGAUAAGGAAAAAAAAUGGAUUUUUCAACUCUGUCCAGCCACUGAAACAAUUGUGGAAAAUUUAAAGCCCAACACAGUUUAUGAAUUUGGAGUAAAAGACAAUGUGGAAGGGGGAAUUUGGAGUAAGAUUUUUAAUCACAAGACUAUUAUAGGAAGUAAAAACAAAGUAAAUGGGAAAAUCCAGAGUACUUAUGACCAAGUCCACACAGUGCCAGCGUAUGUCCCAAAGAAGCUAAUCCCAAUAACAAUCAUCAAACAAGUGAUUCAGAAUGUUACUCACAAGGCUUCCACUAAAUCCCCAGAUAAGACUCCCUAUGGAGGACCGAUACUAGUUCACCUUAUUAUACCAGGUCCUAAUGACACCACUGUAAAACUUCCUACAUCCAUUAUGUUUGAGAUUUCAGAUGCAAUCAAGACACAAUUAGCCAAGAAUGAAACUUUGGCAUUACCUGCUGAAUCUAAAACACCAGAGGUUGAAAAAAUCCCAGCACAGCCAGUUACAGUGAUUCCUGAAAUAGUUCCCAGAACCAUUAAACCCACUGUGUCUAGUGAAGUAGAUGUUUCAGAAACAACACUAGUUCUCAGUGAAAGGACUCCAGAAGCAUUGCAAACUAUUCUAAUGCCUAAGUUUGAAUUGCCCCUGAGCACUCUAGCUCCAAAAAGUCUUCCAGAUUUUCCUGAGGCAAAAACACCCUUCCCUUUUGAGAAACCACGGAGUACUUUUGCUUCAAGUGAAAAGCCAUGGAUGGUACCUACAGCUAAACCAUCUGAAGAUUCCAAAGUUGUACAGCCUCAAACUGCAACUUAUGAUGUUUUCUCAAGUUCUACAACUUCAGAUGAGACUGAAAUAUCAGAGGCCCACACAGCAACAAGUGAUCCUAUUCUGGAUUCUGUCCCACCUAAAACUUCUAGAACUCUUGAGCAGCCAAGGGCAACACUAGCUGCAAGUGAAACACCGUUUGUUCCUCAAAAAAUGGAAACCUUUACCAGUCCUGAAAUGCAGCCUACAACACCUGUUCCCCAGCGAACUACAUCUACCCCUUCUACACCUAAACGACGCCCCAGACCACAAACACCAAGAACUAAGCCUGACCCUAAACCUAAACAGAUAACACUGGACGAUAAUGAUAUGUGCUUAGUGGAUCUGUUUUGUCAUCUCACCAUGGAAAACCCAAUAUUUAAAUGCCUAUAUAUUGAUUUGAUCAUUAUUUUUUAUUUUCCACAUCUCAGUAUAACGCAGUCUAUUUCUUUGAAACCUAAAAUUCCUCUCAUUCCAUAAAUGACACAUACUAAACCUGAACCUCAGACUCCACCAACACCACAGACAACCAAAGCUCCACCAAAGACCAAAAGACCAGGUCGUCGCCCCCGCCCUAAAACCACACGCAGACCAGAUGUGCCCAAGUCCAAACCUGCUCUGGAACCAGCCACAGUACAACUGGAGCUCUUGGUUCCCACAGUCGCUCCAAAACCAACCAAGAGACCUAAAACCACACAGAGACCGGAUGUACCCCAAAUCCAGCCUGAUUCAAAACCACCAAAGCAAUUACUUCCUAAGCCCAAAACCUCAGCCAAACCAGACAUUUCACCAACUAAAUCCGCUACUACCAAAGAUAUUGAACCUGUAAUUCUGAAAACUGAGGCUCCUGGAACAACAUUAGCUCCAAAAAAACCACAACGUGCAAGAACUCGUCGUCCUCGUCCCAAACAUAAAACCACUCCAAGUCCAAAGAUACCUCAGACUAAACCAGACUUUGGACCUGUGACUCCUGAGCCAUCUUUAGCUUCAAUAAUCCAUCCUCCAAAUCCCAAAACUAAAACCAUGCCCCAUUCAGAAGUACCUCAGACAAUACUGGUUCCUGCCAUGAUCCAUGAACCAGUUGUUGUUAGGACUGAGGCUCCAGGGACAACACUAGCUCCCAAAAUGCCUCAACGAACACGCCGUCCUCGUCCCAAACCUAAAACUACACAGAGUCCUGAAGCACCUCACACAGAACUGGUUCCUACCACAGUCUUUGAACCAGUUACACCUGUAAAAGAGGCCCCAGGAGCAGAAUUAGUUCCUGUUACAGACCUUGAACCUGUUACUUCCAGAACUGAGACCCCUGUGACGACACUAGCAACCAAAAUAUCACAAAGAACCCGGCGUCCACGACCCAGGCCUAAAACUACCACACCGACACCUCAAGUGCCUCAGACAAAACCGGUUCCUGCUAUAGUCCUUGAACCUGUCACUCCUAGACCUGAGGCCCCACAAACAACAUUAGCUCCCAAAACAUCACAAUGGAUAACUCGUCCACAUUCCAGACCAAAACCCAUGCCAAGUCCUGAAGCACCUGAGUCCAAACCAGUUCCUACUGCAGAGUUUGAACCUGUGACACUCAAAACUGAGAUGUGGGUGACAACAGAAGCUCCCAAAACAUCAAAACGAACCCGACGUCCACGUCCCAAACCUAAAACCACACCAAGUCCUAAGGCUCCUCAGACCAAACCGGUUCCUGCUACAGAUCUUGAACCUGGUUCUCUUGGAACUGAAGCUUCAGAAACCAUAGCUCUUGCUACAGUCCUCGAGCCUGUCACUCUUAGAACCAAGGCUCCAGAAACAACACUGGCUCCUAAAAUACAACGAACACGUCGUCCACGUCCCAGACCUAAAACCACAUCAAGUCCUGCAGAAUCCCAGACCAAGCCGGUUACUGCUCCAGGCUUUGAACCUGAUAUUCAUAGUACUGAGGCUCCAGCAACAACAUUAGCUCCCACUGAACUGCAGACUCUUAUUUUGAAACCAGUGACAUCACCAAGCCUAGAAAUGACACAAAGUCAACUGGUUUCUGAGGUUCUGGAAUCGGUUACAUUUAGCACUGAGUCAUCAAAGGAGACCAUAGCACCAGUCAAAACAGAUUAUAUAUAUCCCACGACCAAAUCACCUUUCGGGACAGAGGAAUCAAAACCUAAAAUUGUGGAAUCUAUUACAUUUGUAUCUGAACCUCCUGUGACCACGCUAGAAACGUCAUCUCUGCCUUCCCAAACUAUAACCCCACCCAGCCCUGAUGAGCCUCAGACUGAACCUGCUCCCUGGCAGACACCACGUGCUCCUCCCAAGCCAAAAACAUCUCCACACCCAAGAAUCUCACAAACACAACCAGUUCCUAAGGGGCCCCAGCGUGCUACUUCAAAACCAAAAAUGUCACCAAGUCCAGAAGCAUUAUACACUACACCUGUUCCGAAAGAUGCACUCCUUCCCCAUAAACCAGACCCUGAAGUUUCUCAGCAUGAAUCUGUUCUACAACCUGUUACCUUUAGAAUCGAGCCACCAGAGACAACAAUAGCUCCUUUAGAGUCACGAGGCAUCCCUUUUAUACCUAUAAUUUCACCAAGUCCUAGUCAAGAGGAACUACAAACCACCCUGGAAGAAACAGACCAGACCACCCAAGAGCUCUUCACAACUAAGAUUCCAAGAACAACUGAAUGGGCAAAGACAACUCAGGCACCACAUAGAUUGUAUACUACUCCUGUGAGACCCAGAAUACCUGGCAAACCACACAUCAGACCUGUUCUGAAUAGGACAAGACCCAUUAGACCCAAGCCCAGUGGGAUACCCAGCAGGAAUGGAGUCGGAACAGGAACCAAGCAAGCACCCAAACCAUCAGGUGCUGGCAGAAAUGUGUCAGUAGACUUCACCCACUCCACAAAAAAACCAGGGACUCGCCACCCAGCCGGGCCACCUAGAUCUGGGCCUCCACGAAGAAAACCUUUACCACCAAAUAAUGUCACUGGGAAACCAGGAAGCAUAGGAAUCAUCUCAUCAGGCCGAGUAACUUCCCCACCCCUGAGAGCAACACUCAAACCUACAGGAAUCCCCUCAGAGAGACCAGAGACAGACAAAAAGCAGCCAACAGCUCCUGCCUCCGGAGAAGAGCUUGGUAACACAACUGACUUUAGUUCAAGCCCAACAAGAGAAACAGAUCAUCUUGGGAAGCCCAGAUUCAAAGGUCCUCAUGUGCGUUACAUCCCAAAGCCAGACAACAGGCCCUGCUCCAUCACCGACUCCGUCAAACGGUUCCCCACAGAGGAAGCCAUGGAGGGGAAUGCCACCAGCCCACCUCAGAACCCACCCACCAACCUCACUGUGGUCACUGUGGAAGGGUGCCCCUCAUUUGUCAUCUUGGACUGGGAAAAGCCACUAAAUGACACUGUAACUGAAUAUGAAGUUAUAUCCAGAGAAAAUGGGUCAUUCAGUGGGAAGAACAAGUCCAUUCAAGUUACAAAUCAAACCUUCUCCACAAUAGAAAAUCUGAAACCAGACACAAGCUAUGAAUUCCAGGUGAAACCCAAAAACCCACUUGGUGAAGGCCCAGCCAGCAACACAGUGGCAUUCAGUACUGAGUCAGCGGACCCGAGAGUGAGCGAGCCGGUUUCUGCAGGAAGAGAUGCCAUCUGGACUGAAAGACCCUUUAAUUCAGACUCUUACUCAGAAUGUAAGGGCAAACAGUAUGUCAAAAGAACGUGGUAUAAAAAAUUUGUUGGAGUGCAACUGUGCAACUCUCUAAGAUACAAGAUUUAUUUGAGCGACUCACUCACAGGAAAAUUUUAUAACAUUGGCGAUCAAAGAGGCCAUGGAGAAGAUCACUGCCAGUUUGUAGAUUCGUUUUUAGAUGGACGCACAGGACAGCAACUCACUUCUGACCAGUUACCCACAAAGGAAGGCUAUUUCAGAGCAGUUCGCCAGGAACCUGUCCAAUUUGGAGAAAUAGGUGGCCACACCCAAAUCACUUAUGUCCAGUGGUAUGAAUGUGGGACUACAAUUCCUGGAAAAUGGUAG